AUGUGGCACCAGAGAGCAUCGCCGUCGCCAAGCACGACGUUCUACCGAAGCUCUGGCGAAUACACAUCGUCUUCGAGCAACGAAUACUCUUCCUCCAACACCGCGUUUGACAGCGACACCGAGAAGAACGGACUCCACUCCCCAGAGGGAUACAGCCUCGGCUUUACAGACAACUACGACCGGCACUCCGGUGUCGGCAAGAGAUGGAGGUCUCCCCGCUUGAAACGCACGGUCAACAGAGGUCGCAGCCGCCUCAAACGUCUGCUAUGCCUCGACGCUCUGCAGCAGGGGGCCUGCUAUAAGUUUCUGCUGCUGCUGAAGCUCCGCUUGCACUGCUACCUCAACAAGAAGGUGUUGUGCGUCCUGAUCAUCACGUCGGCAUUGGUUGUCUCUCUGCUACAGAUGUACUCGCCGCUCGCAUACUACAAGCCGCGGUCCAAGUGGUCGUAUCUUGUCGAAAACAGGCACGAUUUUGUGUCGGACUCCAAGGUGCUCGAUCUGUUGGAGUACCUGUCGGAAAACAAGCGUCUCCACGAGAAGUACCUCUUGCGACGCGACUACAAGGACCGCCGCAUCACCCCCGCCCGCUACUUGACGCACUUGCGGACGCACAUCAACGAGACCGGCGGCACGUUGAGCGAAUCGUUGCGAUACGGCUUCUCGUGGCAGGACUGGGUCGACUUCGAUGAGAGGCUGCUGCCGAACAUGGACUUCCUGCUGACGCACAACGGUCUGCCGAUCUCCGGCUGCUCCCAAUUCGAGUCCGAGAUCGGGUUCCCGCGCGACAACCACUUCAAGAGGGACUUCCUGCCCAACUGCACGGAUUUGACUCCGGCGGAGAUCGCCGCCUUGGCCAACCCGAACUACCCCCACUUCAGGGCCACGGCUCCCUUGGACAACUUGGGGCUCCCCAUCGAGGCCCGCAUUGUGCACGGCGCGACCUUUUUGUACCACCACCAGCCGCCACCACAACGGUUGAUUUUCGUGGAUGGGGUCAGCAACACAGACCUCGUUGUCCCCGUGGUACAUAAGGAGCCUGCUCCCCCGCCCAAGGAUCCCCGGAGCCUCGAGCCCGUGAGCGAGCUCAUGGCGCAGGUUGUCGCCGGGCUCCCGCCGGCGGAGAGCGACUGGUUCAACCGAGCCGUUGCCGUGGACGUGGCGAGGGUCAACAGGAACGGAGGCUCGGCGCCGAAGCUGGCGCUCACUGCGGCCGACUUUGCAAACCCGGAGAACCUGACGCAGAUCCAGGCGGCGUUGCCCGGCUUCGGCGAGGCCGGGACGCUCGAUGCUGUGCUCCACGACAGCAUUGCGGGGCAGCUGGCAGCGCACCCCGGCGCCGACUACCCGAAGUACUUCCACGAGCCCCGGCUGGCCGACAGCCGCAUCGGCGGCUCGCACUACGACUGGCGCUUCUUCAACAUCAAGGAGGUCGACAACGAGUACAAGCGGCUGUCCACGCUCAGCCGCCUGAUGCGUGCCUGGUUGCGCUUCACCAACAACGAGCGGCUCCCCACCUGGCUUGCCCACGGCACGCUCUUGGGCUACUCCUUCAACGGCUACAUGCUCCCCUGGGACUUUGACCACGACGUGCAGCUGUCCGCAGCCGCCAUGUGGCGGCUCGCGCGCGACUACAACAACACGCUUGUCGUGGACUGCACCGCCGGCGACGGCCGGGCCGCCGCCGGCCAGGGCCACUACUUGCUCGACGUCAGCAGCAACUUCUUCGACCGCCGCCGCGGCAACGCCAACGGCAACAACGCCAUCGACGCCCGCUUCAUCGACGUCCACACCGGCAUGUACAUCGACAUCACCCUGGUCAGCACCGUUGCCGACAAGCACGCCGCCCUCCGCCGCGACGUGCCCGGCUACGACAAGGUGCUCCGCCGCGAGCUUUUCCGCCUGCUGGCCCAGCAGCGACUUGCCCUCGACGGUCUCGCGGACGACGAUUCCCCCGGCGGCACGCUGCUUGCGUGCCGCAACCACCAUUUUUACCGCCUGGCCGAGCUGCUGACCCUGGAGCGCCGGCGCUUUGAGGGCGAGCAGGCGUGGGUGCCCGCGGCGUGGGCCGACGUGCUCGACCGCGAGUUCCCGCGCCGGCACACGGCCUGGCGGCACGAGGGCUACACCUGGCGGAGCGAGCUGGCGCUGUGGGUGGCGGACCGGCGGUGCGGGCGGGCUGCGCUGGACCGCGGCGGCGACAGCUGCGCCGGGGACCGCUUUGUGGCCGCGAUGAGGGCGAUGCUGCAGUUUGGAGAGCAGCAGGAACAAGAAGGAGCCGGGGUGGGGCCGGUGCUGCCCGAUUGGGAGGCUGUGGCGGCGGCGGAUCUGGAGGCGGCCGAAAUAGGCAGUAGCCGCCGCGGAGAGACAGCGGGGGAGGGCAGGAGGGAAGCACAGCUAUAA